AUAUGUAUAAUCAGCUGUGCUAAUCGAGUUGACACGAAGAGUGUUAGUGCAAUAUUAUUAGUGAUUAUUAGUGAAUUUUAUAUAUGAAAUAAAUUUAAAAAUGACUUCGGAAAGCUCUGGUAAUCCAUACGAUAUUAAUGGACCGAAUUUUAAUUCCGAUCUGUACUUACAGAAGUUAUUGAAGGAUUAUAAUCUCAAGCAGAUUAUGGAUCAUGAAGCGGAGGUUGUUCAUGAAACUCAAACUCUGCAUUCGGAUAUGCAAACUUUGGUGUACGAAAAUUACAACAAAUUUAUAUCAGCAACAGAUACUGUUCGAAAGAUGAAAUAUGACUUCAAUCAAAUGGAAGAAUCAAUGGAUCUGCUUGCAAAAAACAUGGACAGUAUUACCUCUUUUUCUGAACAGAUAUCUACAACCUUACAAGGCACUCGCGGACAGAUCAUGAGAUUAUCUUCAGUUCAUAGCCUUUUAAAAAAGUUGCAAUUUUUAUUCAAACUGCCUAAUAAUCUUAAAGAUAAAAUCAAUGAAGAAAAUUACAGUCAAGCUGUACAAGAUUAUAUUCAUGCACAAAGAGUAUUAAACCAGUAUGGUAAUAUGCCGUCUUUCCAAGGAAUUCAAAAAGACUGUGAAGAGAUCGUAGAAGAGAUGAAGGACAAGCUUAGGACCCAAUUCCACAAAACGGAUGCCUCAACUAAAUCAUUAGCUGAAAGUGUUGAUUUGCUUCUUCAGUUAAAGGAACCAGCAGAUGUAUUAUGCGCCGAUUUUCUAACUCAUGCUGACAAAAGACUGUCAGAACAGCUUGAUAACUUGAAGGAAAUGUGCGAAAAUGACAUCAUUGAAUUCGUAGAGAUGGGAAGCUCUGGUUUUCUCAGUGAUCUAUGUUUAAUUGUUGCCUCCUAUAAGGAUAUGUUUGUUAAUAGACCACCUGUAGACAAAAAUGAAUUCAGUGAUGAUUUUGAUACAAAAGCUGUUUCUCGCCUCAAUACCUUUAUCAUGAACAACAUGAAAAAGUAUUUUGACUUGGUUUCCAAAAGAGUUGAGAAUGUGGCUGAUACUGUAGUUUUAGUUAGAGCCCUAGACAGAUUUUAUAAAAGACUUCAAGCUAUGAAUGCGCUUUGUGAAGAUACAGAUUUUGCCAGAACUGGAACUGACAUAGUAAUAGGAGCAGGCAGAAAGCAGUGCAGGAAUCACUUGUCUGCUUUGAAGCAACAUCUGAGUGAAACUCUUGCUAAAGUCAGACAGACUCUGGCAUCGAAAGUCUCUUCCGAUGGUGACGGUGGCUUGCCAGAACUCCAAGCGCUACUUGUUAUGCCUACCAUUGAAAAAGUCAAAGGAAUUUUACAAGACUUACUGGUAUUUUUACAACCAGAACUUUCAUUUGGACUCAAGCCCCAGUUCUUGCAGCGAUUCUGCGUCGACGAAGUUAGAGAAGGUUUGGUGAUCGGUUUCCUACAUCAUCUCACCGCUACCGCGAACGGAUUCUGUACUGGUCUAGAUGCACCGAAAUUUCCGCCUACGCUGUUAUUACUUUUAAGCAAGAUGUGCCUUGAGUUCAAAGACAGCAACGUUCAUUAUCUCCUCACGUCAACGGACGACCUAUUCAACAUCGAAGAAUACGCAGCGUCCAAAAACGACGUGACUUCCGAAACAGAGAUUUGCGAGAACUUUCAGAAAGCGGCUCAGGAGUUGUUGAAUCACUUUGUACGUCUUCAAGGUCUGACGGUGUCGCAGAUGUUGAGGAAAUCGGUGGAAACGCGUGACUGGCUGCACACCAUCGAGCCGCGAACCGUCAGAGCCGUGAUGAAGCGCGUCGUCGAGGACAUCACGGCGAUCGAAUCGCAAGUCACUGCUUUGUACGACGACACCGAUGGCCAAGUCGACAGAAGCAGCGACAGCAGUAGGAAAACUCAUAGCGUUUCAAGACACCAGUAUAGAUCUAACUGGUCAUCCUACACGCCGAGCCACUUGGAUUCUUCCUUCGUGUCAAACAUACACAAGCUUUUCUCAGAAAGAAUCGAGAUCUUCUCCUCCGUGCAUUUCAACAAGGCGUCGAUUCUAACAGGAAUCAUCAAAAUAAGUCUCAAGACUUUCCUGGAGUGCGUGAGACUGAGGACUUUCAGCAAAUACGGACUGCAGCAGAUUCAGGUGGACACGCACUACUUGCAGCUGUACCUCUGGCGAUUCGUCAGCGAUGAAAAUUUGGUGCACUUCCUGCUCGACGAAAUUCUGGGCAGCGCGGUGCACAGAUGCCUCGAGCCCGUGCUGAUGGAGCCGAGCGUCGUCGAUAUCAUCUGCGAGAGAAAUUAAUUAACGAGGCCGACACCAGUGGCCGGCAGCCUCCGCUAAUAGCCACUGCAGUUUCGUUGCUUUGAAUUUUAAAUUGGAUAAUAAUAUCCAUUCAGAGCGCUGGCUCUGACACACGUACACAGCGACGUAAAUUAGCUCGAGCGCGCACGAUUUCAGUUCACACGUAUUAUACGCGCUCGGGUUUUAUAGCGCUGGAAUGGGAGUUCAUUGAGAGUUGCGCUGAAUUAGAGAGGAUUGGGAGCGUGAAAGCGGCACGGUACACGCUGGCAUGUAUAAUUGUUAUUGUAAUUGUAAAUAUGUAUUGAUGAAGCGAGAGAGAGAUUUGAUUAUUCAAUUAUAUCCGUCUUUUUUAAAGCGCGAGACUGUACAGACUGCUCGGCGAUCUACUGUUAUUGAACAUUGAGAAGUAUUUAUUGUAAAGAUUGAUUUUUUGAAUACGUUGAAAUAAAUUUUACAACCGUAAAGAGGAAAAUCAUUCUGCGCAGCCGUUACUUUAUUUUAUAGCACGUUACUUUUAUCGGCGCACUUUUUCCUAUACAUUAUCACGACGAAAUUAAACCGUAUUAUUUUGACAAAAAA